UGUCUGAUCAUUUCAGCAUUAUUCAACAUCAUCUGCUCAUCUUUACACAAAACAAAUCACAAGAUGAUCAGAAUAUUCUUCACUUUCUUCACUCUUCUCACCUGUGUGGGUGGAGUGACUGUAGUGACCCAGAAUCCUUCAGAGCUCACAGUGAAUAAAGGAAAUAAAGUCACAAUCAACUGUAGUCUGGGAUCUGUUAAAAAUUACGCAGGAUGGUAUAAACAGAUUUCAGGAGGAGUUCCUCAGUUUGUGUUAAGCUUUUAUCCUGACUGGAGGGAUGGACCUAAAUAUGGAUCUGGUUUCUCUGCUCCUAAAUUCACAUCAACAUCUUCAUCUAAAUCAGAUUAUAGUUUGAUCAUCAAUAAUGUAGAUGUGAGAGAUUCAGCUGUGUAUUACUGUGUAAUACUGUGUAAGACAUGGGACAAUCUGAAAUCUAUCACUGUGGUAUUCGGACAAGGAACAAAACUCAUUGUGACCGAUUCAGGUGUUUCUCCUCCUGUUGUGAAGAUUUUCCCUCCAUCCAGUGAAGAUGUGAGCUCCAGUAAAGUGACUCUGGUGUGUUUGAUCAAUGACAUGUCUGUGGGAUUUGCUGAUGUGAGUUGGUUUGUGAAUGGAAACUCAGUUACUGAUGGCGUCUUCACCGGAUCUGCUGAACAGCAGCCGAAUGAGAAAUUCAAGUUGAGCAGUUAUUUAACCAUUGAGAGAUCAGAGUGGGAGAAAGACAAAGAUCUCACAUGUAAAGUGACUGCUGCUGGAAAGAUCACAAACACAAAGAUCAAGAAAUCUCAAUGCAAUUAAUAAAUGCAAAGAUGAUGUUGUUUGUUUUCAUAAAAGCAUUUAUUAAUAUUUUCUGGCAUAGUAUAAUAGAAAUAAUGCUAAUAGAAAAAAUGUUUAAGUGUAAAACAUAGUUUCUGCAAAUAAUUUUUCUGCUUUUAUUUUAUUUGAAAUUUGUUUUCCAUCCUUAAUAAAUGUGAAUAAACUU